UGUCUUCUUCCGCACCAGAAAAUCGUUCGCAAGUUCGGCCCGAUCUGUAAAAUUUCUCAGUAAAACCUUAUAAAUUCUUGUGAAAUUAGGGUAUUUAUGAAUUAAAAGGUCAGAAAAGCACUGCAUCUUCCACCAGCGGAACAGAGGACUGUAGAGGACACAUACAUUUGUGGAAGGAAUGAGGUUCAACCGGGUGUUGGGUUCAAUUUUUCUCCUAACCCUUUCCGCCUGCACUCAGUUGGCAGAAGCCGACAUUCCCCAGUUGCCGAAUUUGGCAAAAUCGAAAAAGGAUCGUCAAAAGUCCGAAAAGCUACCACCAUGCCGAGCGUGUACGGUACUGGUGGAUUCCUACCGCGAUGGUAUGAAACGUACGGAACGGUCAAAGCACGAUGGCGGUGAUGCCGCAUGGGAAGAGGAACGGCUUGGAAGUUACAAGACCAGCGAACUCCGGCUGGUCGAAAUACAGGAGGGAUUGUGUCGGGAUGUGGGGCGCGGGGAGGACCAGUGUCAUCAGUUGGCCGAGGAACACGAAUCCCUGAUCGAAGAAUGGUGGAAGGAGCAUCAGACUGUGCAACCUGACUUGCAACAGUGGUUGUGCGUGGAGCAAGCCAAAGUAUGCUGCCCCGAUGGAUUCUAUGGUCCGAAUUGCGAUCCAUGUCCGAGCUGUUUUGGCAACGGGAAAUGCAAGGGCAAUGGAACCCGGAAGGGAAACGGCAAGUGUUCCUGUGAGGAGGGCUAUGUCGGGGAAAACUGCGACGGCUGUGGACCGGAGCACUACGAGGCAUUUCGUGACGCUGAAAAGUUGCUCUGCUCAAACUGCCAUAAGGCUUGCGCCACCGGAGGUUGCACCGGAGCGGGACCGAAUGCUUGUCGCGUUUGCCGGAGUGGCUGGAUCAUGGACAGCCAGCGAGGUGGAUGCACGGAUAUUGAUGAGUGCCUCACGGCCAACACCUGCACUAAGCAGCAGUUUUGCGUAAAUAACGAAGGGUCGUUCAGUUGUUUAGAUUGUGAUAAAUCGUGCGAUGGAUGCGACGGCGAUGGUCCAGACAUGUGCAAAACAUGCGCUGAUGGUUACGAGUUAAGAGAUGGAAUGUGUACAGAUACUUCGAGCGAAAAACGCAACCAAUACGUAACCUUCACUCGCUAUUUGACCUAUCUGGGUCUCUGCAUAGCCACGUGUAUCGUACUGCAAAGCUCGACCUGGCUGGCGGCUCUCGUCGGUCUGGCCGUAGCCGUCUACAUAUCCGUAUCGGAGUACUGGCUCAACACGGAACCGCAAGCCAAUCCGGCCCCAUCACCAAAGAUACUCGAAGAACUUUUGCAGCAGUAAAUGCUUAGAAUCUAAUGAUGACCACAGUUACUGGGUUCUUCCUUUAAAAUCGCAUGAACAACUUUUAGUCAGGAAUUGCAUUAGAUAAGUUACAGAGUGAUUGGUCUUAUUGAGGGAAUUUGUUGCCAUUUUUUUAAGUUCUCGUCAAGUCAAUCUUGAUUGGAACAUAAUAGUGUAAGCAGCUGCCACAACUAAGAAAGAAUUGUGAAACAUUAUUCAACCACCAAAAAGAAGCAUCUAACAAUUCAAUAGCACUAGGUACUACACACAUAUUCACUAAGCCGGAAUGUUUCACUUUGUAGUGUUCGAUAGACAAAGGAAUGCUGAUUCAAAUAAAACUGGAUAACAACGUUCAAA